AGUUCUAAUUUGUCCUAUACAUAAAGAAAACACAGUGCAAAAGUCUUGUUAUGCAAUAUAUGUAAUUUGUCCGAUACAUAAAGAAAACACACUAAUUUUUACUUCUAUACGUACCUUUAUACUUCUUCGUCGAGUAUAUAAAUAUACAUUAUAUUUAUACAAGUAUACUCAAUGGACCCUUAUAGAAGAAAUAGAAGACGCCGAUGGGUUCCACGUCGAAGGGUUGUCAGUAGGAAAUUUCCUACCAUGUUAGAACUUAUUUUGAAUAUUCAACAACAAGAGACUGAUGUCCCGAUACAACAAGCCUUAUAUAAUGGAUGUUCUUUUUAUUGAAUAUGAGAUAUGUUUGGCAUAAAACAAAAAAAGUCCAGAUUAUGAGGGAAGAUUUGUUAUUUUUCUUGUCACAUUAUUUGAUUAUAUUUGAAUAUUCAUUGUAUAUAUUGUUUAUUUCUUUUUAUCACUUUGAAAAUAUAAUGAUUAUUGGCAUUCUUUUAUAA